AUGCCACCAUCUGCUCUAGAGAAACUUACUCGAUUGCACAUUACCUACCCCAUGCUCUUUGAGCUCAUUAAUAGUCAGCAUCCUGAUGGGCCUAAAUUAACACAUGCUGGUGUAUUGGAGUUUAUCGCGGAUGAAGGAAAGGUCUACCUGCCGCACUGGAUGAUGCAAACUCUCGGACUUGAAACUGGAGAUCUCUUUCAAAUCAAAUCCACCGACCUUCCUCCUGCAUCUCUUAUUAAACUUCAACCACAAUCCGUUAAUUUCCUCGAUAUCUCCAACCCUAAAGCCGUACUCGAAAAAGCCUUUCGCGAUUUUUCUACACUUACUAAAGGCGAUAUCUUUAGCUUCUACUAUAACGAUACUGUCUACGAUGUUGCUGUGCUGGAAGUCAAACCAGUCACUGAUAAGAUGGGGGUCAGUAUGCUCGAAACAGACGUUUCCGUCGACUUUGCAGCUCCGUUAGGCUAUGUCGAACCAACACCGAUGAGAGCCAGUGGCAGUGGAACGAGCACCCCGAGAAGUGUCAUGGGCGGUUUACCUGCAGGUGGCAUGCUUCAUAGUCAAGGAACCAUGGCACAAGCCAUCAACUACGAUGCCAUUGCGCCGACCUCCAAUUCUGUCGCACAAGGUGCAAAAGCCGCCUCGUCCAAUUUUGUAUCCGGAGGUCACAAACUAAAUGCGAAGAAGGGCGCAAAAACGCCUACACCCACUGCCUCAACUCCUGUUGCUGGAGUUAGCACGAAUACACAAAAUAUAUCAGUUCGAAGAACGAAUGGUCCUCAGCCUCUUCGAUUGCCACCGAAUAAACUCUUUUUUGGUUACGAAAUCAAGCCAGUCAAAACGCAAGCAGAUAAGGACAAAGAGAAUGCAGAUGCGAGGCAGCCCCAUUUUUCGGGACAAGGACAGGCAUUGAAGUCUGGCAAGAAGGUUGAGGCGAAGAGUGAACCUGCUCCAGAUUCUCACGCCAAAGGCGAUAGUAUUGGACGGCGGUUAGAUGGGCAAGGUGCCAAGAAGUAG